CCAGUGACAAUGGACCUCUUUUUACUGAACUAAAGUUCUACCAGCGAGCUGCCAAACCAGAGCAAAUUCGGAAAUGGAUUCAUACUCAUAAACUGAAGUACCUGGGUGUUCCUAAGUAUUGGGGGUCUGGUCUACAUGAUAAAAAUGGGAAAAGUUACAGAUUUAUGAUCAUGGAUCGCUUUGGGAGUGACCUUCAGAAAAUAUAUGAAGCAAAUGCCAAAAGGUUUUCUCGGAAAACUGUCUUGCAGCUAAGCUUAAGAAUUCUGGAUAUUCUGGAAUAUAUUCACGAGCAUGAGUAUGUGCACGGAGAUAUCAAGGCCUCAAAUCUUCUUCUGAGCUGCAAGGAUCCUGACCAGGUGUACCUGGUAGAUUAUUGCCUUGCUUAUCGCUACUGCCCAGACGGAAGUCAUAAAGGAUAUAAGGAAGACCCCAAAAGAUGUCAUGAUGGCACUAUUGAGUUCACCAGCAUCGACACACACAAUGGUGUGGCCCCAUCCAGACGUGGCGACCUGGAAAUACUCGGUUACUGCAUGGUCCGGUGGCUCAGCGGCCAUCUGCCCUGGGAGGAUAAUUUGAAAGACCCUAACUAUGUUAGAGAUUCCAAAAUUAGAUACAGAGAAAAUAUUGCAGGUUUGAUGGACAAAUGUUUUCCUGAGAAAAAUAAGCCAGGUGAAAUUGCUAAAUACCUGGAAACAGUGAAAUUGCUGGACUAUGAUGAGAAACCCCUUUAUCAGAAUUUACAAGACAUUCUUUUGCGAGGACUCAAGUCUAUAGGAAGCAAGGAUGAUGGCAAACUGGAACUUCGGGCUUUGGAGAACUGAGCUCCGAAAGCAAGAACGACAACCAAGAAGCAGAAGAAGGAGGCUGGGAAGCGCACAGAAGCAGGUGUGGAGGACACGGAGUGCUCGGAUGCGCACACGGAGGAAGCCGUGCAGACGCGUUCACAAAGGAGAAACAGAGUCCAGAAGUAAACCACAUGCUGUGAGCCAGUUUUUCUUUUCUUCCUGUCGUUCGGCUUUUUCUUCAUUUUCUAUUUUGCGUGUUUUCAUGUGGGUCUUGUGGGUGGGGGUAACAGGG